GUUGCGCGAUGCUCGGCGUGCGAUGCGCACCGAUCGACGACACGCUCGACGCUGAUCUGUUCGUUCGGCCCGUCCCCCCUGCUCGUCCUCCUCUGCCCCCAUCGGUCCUCCGCGGGUCCCUCCUUCGCGCGUUCUCCCUCCUUUCGCGGACGCAACAACACCGUUCCACGGCCCUGGGAAUUCCGCUUUCCCGUCGAAAAGAAACGCUCCGCGGAGGAAAGAGGAAACGUCGAACGCCGUGUGCACGGCUGCCGCUCAUCCGCGAGGUUCGCGAGGUUCGCGAGGAUUCUCAGUGCGAGCAGUGAAACGCGCGACUCGCGUCUUCGGAUCGAACUAUGCAACCCGAAUCGGAACGAUGAACCGAUCGUCGUGCUCGUCGUCGUGCUCGUCGUCGUCGUCGUGGUCGUCUAGGUCGUGUCGCGAGUGCGAUCGCGAGGCCGCGGUCGCUUCGGGUCGCUGGCUCUAACGAAUGUCGUUCUUCGAAGCGGUCGGUUUCGAAGACGCGUCCCAGGAUUUUGGAGUUUGCCCGCGGCGGACGCAGUUUGCGGAGAGCACGGGAGAUCCUCGCGGAAACGGGGCGAACGGCGAACGGUUUAUGCGCGUUGACGAGUCCAACGGUAACGUUUCGCCGAUCGAAUCCACGACGAUGUUGAUCCUGCCGGAUUUAAAAUUGCAGCUUCGAGCGGACACGCCGUAGAGAGUGAUCGAAGGCGAACGAUGCGGCUACGAGACCGAAUACUAUGUUGAAGUGGACCUGUUACACGCCUCUGACCAAGAAUCGCGCAUCUCCGUCGAAUCCGUCGCUGGACGACCGGGAGAAGAGGACGGACUUUGAAAAUGGGACGUCGUCGUCGCCGACGUCGCCGCUGAAGCCGCCGCCAUCGCGAUUUCCGCGCAUAGGAAAAACUUCUCCUUCUCGAUCGGAGGACGUAGACGUUAUCCGAGAAUCCUCGUCGUCGAGAAAAUCUCUGGGGGGCUCCGAUCCACGGGUUGCCACUUGCCGGGGCAAGCUGCAGAACAAGCGAAGCAAACUCAACCAAGAGAUCAACAAGGAGCUGCGGCUUCGAGCUGGCGCGGAGAAUCUGUUCAAGGCGACCACGAACAGGAAACUACGGGAAACGGUUGCCUUGGAGCUAAGCUUCGUCAACUCGAACUUGCAACUGCUCAAGGAACAGCUCGCCGAGUUGAACAGUUCGGUGGAACUUUACCAGAACGUCGACAGCGUGGAACCGGCGAUGCCGAUGAUACCCCUGGGAUUAAAGGAAACCAAAGAUAUCGACUUUCGAGAUCCAUUCAAGGACUUCAUUCUCGAACACUACAGCGAAGAUGGAGGAAGAUACGAGGAAGCUAUCGCGGAUCUGAUGGAAACCAGACAGGCGACUCGGACGCCGACCAGAGACGCGGCUGGCAUCGCGCUGUUGCUGCGCUACUACAAUCAGCUGUACUUUGUCGAGCGUCGAUUCUUCCCCCCCGAUCGCAGCCUUGGCAUCUACUUCGAGUGGUUCGACUCGUUAACGGGAGUGCCAAGCUGCCAGCGAACGGUCGCGUUCGAGAAGGCUUCGGUGCUGUUCAACGCCGGAGCGCUGUACACGCAGUUGGCCGCGAAGCAGGAUCGCCGGUCCGCGCGAGGACUGGAUCAGGCGAUCGACGCGUUCCUCAGAGCCGCCGGUACAUUUCGUUACAUACACGAAAACUUUACGAACGCGCCAAGCAUGGAUCUCGGUCCGGACAUGCUCGAGAUGCUCGUCCAACUGAUGCUGGCCCAAGCGAGAGAAUGUCUGUUCGAGAAGCUGGAACUUCAGUCGGCCGAGGGGAGAAACGUCGACGUGUCCCUGGAUCUAGCGCAGGAAGCAUCGCAAGUGGCAGCGGUUUACAACGAGGUUCACGGACUGAUCUCGCGCGAGCCGGUCCGGGAUUACGUUCCGGAGACGUGGAUUUCGCUGAUUCUGGUGAAACGCGAACAUCACUUGGCUCUGGCGCACAAGCACCUCGCGCUCGGUUUGUUCGAGCGUCCGAUCGGCGAAUGGCGCGCAGAGACCAAGCUCGCGCUCGAGCAUGCCCAAAAGAGCGACGGUAAAACGCAGCUGGACGCGAGCGUGCCGCGCGACGAGAACGAGAAGAAAAUGUUGGGAAAAGCGCAUCUCAGAGAGGCGCUGGUCCUUCACGAGGAGAGCCAGAGGCUGCAACGGAUGUGCAGGGACUUGAAAGCCAAGCAACCGCUGGCCAAGGUCCUGAAAGGUGUACAAGACUCUACCGUUGACAGCUACAACGCCAUCGGCGACGAGGAGGAUUUCCGAGGGCUGCUGGAUCCUCCGGAUAUCGUUGCAGCUUCCACCAAGUUUCAACUGAACAUCACGCAUCCGGACUUUGGGCAGCACGGUGUGGACGAUCUGUUCAGGUCGUUGGGCCCGGUAGCUAUAUUCUCGGCCAAAAGACACUGGACCGCGCCACGGCUGAUACAGCUCCAGAGGGGUCCCGACGGCGAGGGGUUCGGUUUCAGCGUCCGCGGUGACGCUCCCGUGAUCGUCGCGGCGGUGGAUCACAACUCGUUGGCCGACUUGGGUGGGAUGAAGGAAGGCGAUUUCAUAGUCGGCAUCGGCGACAAAGACGUAAAGUGGGCUUCUCACGAACAGGUGGUGCGCCUGAUAAAACAAUCCGGAGACUUUAUCAACUUGAAACUCGUCACGCCGAUGGACAGAAAUUACUUGAAGAGGCCGGGCAAGGCCAAUCAACAGGAUAAAGGAAGCGUCUCCGCGAGCAGCUCUUCCGGCGUCUCCUCCGGCCAGCCGAGUCCCGCCGGGUCCGUCACGACCGCUCACGUGACCAAAAAGUUACCUUGGAAUCCGUUCAAGAAAUCGACUGCGCAGCGCGACAGCAGGGACCUGACGUUCGAUAAUGUUAUCCUCAGAUGAUUCGACGACCGUUCGAGACGCGCGCUCUUCUCGGUUCUCCCCUUCUCGGAGAACGAAACGGGACGACGAAAAACGGAAGAGGCAGCUGGGAGGCUCUCCCCCCUUUCUCUCCUUUUUCUCCUUUCUCUCCUUUCGCGUGCGGCCCCAGGCGAGUCCGUUCAACGCGCAUCCGCGAAAAUCCCCGCGGUACACCCACCGUGUACGGAAAGGAUCACGCGUUUUCUUCCGAGACCGACACCGGAUUCGACGCAUCGCGUUUCGUCGAACGAAUGCCAAUGAGAUACCACGUAUAUUUACACGUUCGCCGAUCGAGUCCGGAAAAUCGCCCCCGUUCCGAUUCCAUUUUCUCCAACUCGAUCAACGUUAUUCUCCCCGAGUAUGCAUAUGCGUAUCCGUAUACGCAUCUACGCGUAAGUUGUAUGCUAAUUACAUGUUGUU